AUGCCUGCCCGCCCAUCCCAGAACGCGUGGCGGACCCCUGCCCGCCUGUCCCGGGAACCGCAGCGGGCCCGGCCCGCGCGUCCUGGGACACGUGGUGGACCCCUGCCUGCCCCUCCCGGGACCCGCGGCGGGUCCAGCCCGCCUGUCCCAGGAGGCGUGGCAGACGACUGUCCGCCCAUACCAGGACCCGCGGUGGUGUCCGCCACGUGUCCAGGAAGGGCGGGCAGGGCCCACCAAAGGUCCCAGGAUGGGCGGGCGGUGUCCGCCGCGGUUCCCGACAUGGGCAAGUGGUGUCUGCCACGUGUCCAUGAACGGGCAAACACGAGACGGCCGGAGUCCUCCAUGCGUCCUGGGACGGGCGGGCAGGGCCCGCCAUGGGUCCUUGGACAGCCAGGCAGACACCAGCUGCCCGUCCCAAAACCCGAAGCGGACCCGGCCCGCCCGUCCCGUCCCGGGACCAGUGGCGGACGCCUCCCCGCCAAUCCCAGGACCAGUGGCAGACACCGGCCUCCCAUCCCGGGAUGUGUGGUAAACACCACCCGCCCAGCCUGCCAGUCCCGGGACACGUGGCGGGCACUGGCACCCCCGUCACGGGACAAGUGGCGGACACCGGCCACCCGUCCCUGGAACCGUGGCGGGCCCAGCCCACCCGUACCCGGGACCUCGCGUCGUGGACACUGCCCCGCCCAACCGUACCCAGGACCACGGCGGCAGGCCCGGCCUGCCUGUCCCAUGACAUGUGGCGAACACUGCCCUGCCCGUCCCGGGACCCGUGGCGGACACCAGCCCGCCCGUCCCAGGACCCACGGCGGGCACGUCCCGCCCCUUGGCCAGGACGCAUGGUGGACGCCUGCCCACCCGUCCCGUGACCCACAGCAGGCCCGGCUUGCCCGUCCCGGAAUGCAUGGCGGACUGCCGCAGCCCCGCCAGUCCCUCCCCGGGACCCUUUGGCGGGACCGGGCCCGUCCCGGCUUAGUCCCCAGGACACGUGGCGGGCACUGGCACCCCCGUCACAGGACAAGUGGCGGACACCGGCCACCCGUCCCUGGAACCGUGGCGGGCCCAGCCCACCCGUACCCGGGACACGCUGUGGACACUGCCCGCCCGUCCCAGGACCCGCGGCAGGCACGGCCCGCCGUCCCAGGACCAGUGACGGAUGCCUGCCCGCCCGUCCCAGGACCCGCGGCAGGCACGGCCCGCCCGUCCCAAGACCAGGACGGACGCCUGCCCGCCCAUCCCGGGGACCCGGGGCGGGCACAGUCCGCCCCAUCCAGAACCAGUGGCGGACGCCUGACCGCCCGUCCCAAGACCCGCGGCGGGCCCGGACCGCCCGUCCCAGGACCAGUGGCGAACGCCUGCCCUCCCAUCCCGGGACCCGCGGCGGGCCCAGGCCCGACCCGUUCCCGGCGAAUGUUUGGCGGAUGCCUGCCAGCCCGUCCCGUGGGACCAGCAGGCGGGCGGGCAGUCCGUCCCGUCCCGUCCCGAUACGUGUGGCAGACGACAGGCCCGCCCGUCCCGGGACCCUCGGCGAGCACAAUCCGCCCGUCCUGGUCCUCGUGGCAGACGAUGGCCAACCCAAUCCCGGGAACCGCGAAAGGCACGGCCCUCCCCGCCCGUCCCCGUGACCCGCAGCGGAUGCCUACCCGCCGGUCCCGAGACCCGCGGCGGGCACGGCCCGCCUGUCCUGGGACCAGCGGCAGACGCCUGCCCGCUCGUCCCAGGACCCGUGGCAGGCACGGCCAUCCCGUCCCGGGACCAGUGGCGGAUGCCUGCCCGCCCAUCCCAGGACCAGUGGCGGACGCCUGCCCUUCCAUCCUGGGACCCGCGGCGGCCCUGGCCCGCCCGUCCCGGAAUGUGUGGCGGACGCCAGCCCGCCCAUCCCCGGACCAGUGGCGGACGCCUGCCUGCCCGUCCCGGGACCCGCGGCGGGACCAGCCCGCUCAUCCCGGGACCAAUGGCGGACGCCUGCCCGCCUGUCCUGGGACCUGCAGCGGGCCCGGCCCGCCCAUCCCGGGACCAGAGCCGGACGCCUGCCAGCCCAUCCAGGGGACCCGCGUCGGGCCUGGCCCGCCCACGUACAAUGGGACAGUGGCGACGCAUGCCCCCGCCCGUCCCGGGACCGGGACAGGCGGGCCCAAGCCCGUCCAUUACCAAGGGACCAGCGGACGCCUGCCCGCCCGUCCCGGGACCCACAGCGGGCCUGGUCCGCCCGUCCUGGGACCAGUGACGGACGCCUGCCUGCCCGUCCCAGAACCAGUGGCGGACGCCUGCCCGCCAGUCGCGGGGCCCACGGCAGGCCCAGCCCGCCCGUCUCGGGACCAGAGGCGGACGCCUGCCCACCUGUCCCGGGAUCCACGGCGGCCCGGUCCCGCCCGUCCCGGAACCAGUGGCAGACGUCUGCCCGCCCGUCCCGGGAUCCGCGGCCGGCCCGGGAUGGGCGGGCAGGCGUCCGCCACUGGUCACGGGUACGGGACAGCCGGGCCUGCGCGGGGUCCCGGGACGGGCGGCAGACGUCCGCCACUGGUCCCAAGAACGGGCGGGGGGGGGGUGCAGGCUGUCCGCCACUGGUGUCGGGACGGGACGGGCCGGGCCGGGCCUCGCCGCGGGUCCCGGAAGGAACCCGCGGGCAGACGUCCGCCACUGGUCCAAGACGGGGGGCGGGCAGGCGUCCGCCACUGGUGUCGGGCCACGGGCGGGCCGGGCCUGCCGCUGGGUCCCCGGAACGGGCGGGGGCAGGAAGGGGCGUCCGCCACUGGUCCCAAGACGGCAGGCAGCGUUUCGCCACUGGUCCCACGGGACGGGCGGAACCGGGCCCGCCGCGGGUCCGCGUGA